AAGGUGAAAAGACCGAAAACGCGAAAACGGAAACACGAAAAUAGUCAGCGAAGGACCUAGUGAAACUGUUUUUAGAUAAAGAACAAGCCAACCCAGAUACACGCGGCAAAUUCUUUUCUGUAAAAAAUCCCUAGUUGAGAUAUUUGGAUAUUUCUGUGGCCACCUUCAGCUUCAGAGGAGUCAUUCACUACCUAUUUCAUUUUAGAGUAUGGCAGAAAAAAUCCAAGAACUCAGAAAGGAUAUUGCAGAAUUAGAGAGUCUUGAAAAGCAUUCAACUAGACAGAAGGUUAAAGAUAUUUUGAGUAUUGAAAUUCGUAAGCUAAUAUCAGAGAUUGUUAGAUUAGAAGAAGAGGGCAGAACAAACCCAGUUUCUGCUGAUGCUCCUUCAAUUUCAUCUAAAACUUCAAACAAAGUACAUGGUGUCCAAGUGAAACUCAACAAUUAUGGUUGGGAUCAAUCCAAUAAAUUCAUAAAGUUUUAUGUGACACUCAAAGAUGUCCAAACUAUUGCACCAGAAAACAUCAAAUGUGAAUUUACCUCCAAAAGUCUUGAACUGGUAGUUGAAAAUAUGGAAAGUAAGAAUUACAUUCUGAAAAUCAAUCAUUUACUGAAAACUAUUGACCCAUCUCAAAGUGACUGGAAAGUUAAAAAAGAUAUGGUCAUUAUCAAUGCAGCAAAAUCAUCACCAGAUCAUUGGUCACAUGUCACAGAGUGGGAAAAGAAAGCAAGUGAUAAAAAACUUCCCAAUCUUGACACAGAUAAAAGUGAUCCAUCUGAUGGGUUGAUGUCUUUGAUGAAAAAUAUGUAUGAGUCAGGAGAUGAUGAAAUGAAGAGAACCAUUGCCAAGGCUUGGACUGAGAGUCAAGGAAAACAGCACUUUGGUUAAUAUUUUUAAAUAAUUAUGUUUCUAUAUUGAUUUUAUAUUUUUAUUGCUUGAUGAGCUAUCAGCCAUAAGAAUUACUAUUUGGUUUUUUUACAAAAUAAAAUCUAGACCUGGUGUAUU